AACACUCACAGGAAACAGGAAAUGGCAACGUUCCUCUGAGUGUGAGAGGAAAUCAGAGCACAAUGAAACUGAACGCACAUUUACUGUAAAGUAACAUGAACCAGCAGAACUCAAGGUUGUGUUUGAUGGUGACGGUGGUCCUCUUAUUUUCUGGCAAAGGUUAUUCGUUGCGAAAAACUGAAACAGCCACACCAGUGACCCAUACAAAUCAGUCUGCUGAAAAUGCAACCGAUGUAUUUGUUCCAUCAUAUGCAACCUUUACACAUCAUGGUCUCCAUACCAAGUCUCCGACAUCACAGCCACGCAAGGCGAUGUCAACAACAAUUUCUCAUAAUUCAUCAGCAUCGAUGAUUCUGGAGGAUGCCCAUGAGGGAAAUAUCGCAAACGCCAACACCAAGGCAAAUGAACUUUUGAAAGGAACCAGAAAUUCUACAUAUGAAUUGAUGGCUUCAUUACCUUCUGAGAAUACCUUGCAGCCCUUAGCGAAGAACAAGAAACUAAUUGGGAUGAUUCUGCUUCCAAUUCUGAUCCUUUUCCUGCUUGGUUUAAUUAUUGCCAUUCUGUUGAAUUGCUAUCGUGGUAAAAAAAGGAUAAAAGAUGAAGUUAAUUGUGAAAGUCCAGCAAGCCCUAUAUUCGAGGAAGAUGUAGCUUCUGUGAUGGAAGUUGAAAUGGAAGAAGUCAGCAAGUGGAUGGGGAGCAUGAAAGAAAAAUCUCAACAAGGAAAUUCAGUAGACACCAGCAAAGAGAAAAAUUAAAAUACAGUGAUGUGGAACAGGUCCGAGCAGCUCUUUUGGAAUUUAAAAUAAAUAGAGUUAUGUGGCAUAGAAACAAUCUGUUCAGCCCAACUGAUGGCGGUCAAGAUUGCACCUGCGCACAAUGCUCCUUCGGUCGACAACUUCUGGAUAGAUCAUGAAAUGAUAUAUUUCACUUCUUUUAUGUCUUUUACAUUUGUUUUUCAUCUUGAAUGUGAACCUGGGGCUGUCGGAGCCUGUGAUUUGCUGUCUGGAGAUCGUUUGGGUCUUCCGGCACUCUACAGUCUCCAAGAGGAUUACAGGAGGCAGAGGUGGCGAGUGCGGACAGGCUCCAGGAUGGGACAUGAGCUGAUGUUCGACUCCAUUUUGCUGAUUAAAGCCUCCAUUAUUCACCGAUUAAAGCGACGGGGAGAUUGAAACAUAGAGGAGAAUGCGGAAGUUUGGAGAUUGUUUGGGUUCUUCAGCGCUCUGUUGUCUCCGAGAGGAUUCAGGGAGACAGAGGCAGUCUGCAUGAACCUUGUUACGGGCAGGCUGUGGGACGGGACACGAGCAAACGUUCGACUCCAAUUUGCCAAUUAAAGCUUCCAUUGUUCACCGAUUAAAGUGACAAGGGAGAUUGAAGUAUUGAGGCGAGUGCAGAGGGUGAACACCGACUGCCUAAUGCUGAGAGUUGCUCUGCUAUGCCACUGGAGAGGGGAGGACCUAAUACUGUGUCCAGAGAACGUCACCCAGGUUUUCUGCAUUUCCGAUGUGUACUUGGACUAUAGUCUUUUUUUGCAGUCUUAUAUAUUUUUUUUAGAUUUUGUGGGUUUUUUGCCCAAUUUUUCUACUUAUUUUUGUUUGUGGGGAGGGGGAUUUGGGGGGGGAGGUGAUAUGCCUGUUCCAUUUUUGUUCAUUUUUUUUGUGUGGGGAGGGGUUUUUGGUGUUGAUGUGUGUCCUGCCUUUCUUUUCUUUCUUGUUUCAUGGCUACCCAGAGAAGAAGAAUUUCAGAGUUGUAUUUUUUGAUAAUAAAUGAACUUUUGAACUCA